AUGAGCGGAAGAUUCCUUAGCAACAAUGCUUGGGACUCUAAUUUGUUAAGUGCCAAUCCUUUUUAUUUGAGUGUCAAUUGGAACUCAGGAGCUGGUGGUGCUAUUGCUGUAAUUCCUUUAGAAAAUCGGGGAAAACUUCCUGAUCAAGCCAAUUUAUUUCGUGGUCAUACUGCUGCUGUUUUGGAUACUGAUUGGAAUCCAUGUCAUGACCAAGUGUUGGCAUCUGGAGGUGAUGACUCAAAGAUUAUGUUAUGGAAAGUCCCUGAAGACUACACAGUUUUGGAACCUUACGAAGAUGUGCAUCCUGUGGCUCAUCUAACAGGACAUACUCGUAAGGUUGGUCAUGUCCAGUUUCAUCCUUCCGCUGCGAAUGUGUUGGCGUCUUCCAGUGCUGAUAAGACCAUUAAAUUAUGGGAUUGUGAAAAAGGCAUUGCUCGAGUAACACUUCCCAUGAAUGAAAUUUGUCAAUCCAUUUCUUUUAACGCUGAUGGAAAUUUACUUGUUAGUACAGGUCGUGACAAGAAAAUUCGUAUUUGGGAUCCUCGUACAGACAAGCCAGUUUCAGUUUCCAACGGCCAUGCGGGAGCAAAAAAUUCGAGAAGCGUAUGGCUUGGAAGCUUAAAUCGUAUUGCUACGACCGGGUUUAGCAAAAUGAGUGAUCGACAGCUCGCACUAUGGGAUCCGGCUAAUAUGUCCGAGCCUAUUGGAGGUUUUAAUACCUUGGACUCCGGUUCAGGUAUUUUAAUGCCUUUCUGGGACGACGGUACGAAAGUUAUUUACCUUGCCGGAAAAGGUGACGGUAAUAUACGUUAUUAUGAACUUGAAAACGAUGUCUUUCAUUAUCUUUCUGAAUUUAAAUCCGUUGAUCCUCAACGUGGUAUGGCGUUUGUUCCAAAAAGAGGUGUAAACGCUGCGGACAACGAAGUUAUGCGUGCCUAUAAAUCAGUUAACGAUACGAUUAUAGAACCUAUUAGUUUCAUUGUUCCCCGACGUUCUGAAGCCUAUCAAAGUGACAUUUAUCCUCCUGCUCCUUCCGGUAAACCAAGUUUGUCUGCGGAUGAAUGGUUCUCUGGCAAGGAUGCUCCUGUCGAUAGAAUGGACAUGUCUUUGCUUUAUGAGACUAAAGGUCCAGUAACUAAGAUGGCAACUGUUAAAAUUCCUACAAAGGAGGUUCAGGAUGGAUCUGAUAAAACUCCUAUUACUGUAAAGCCUUCUAAGGAAGAAGAAAGGCCAAAAGCUUCCCCCGUACAAGAGAAAGCCCCAGAAAACAUUGCAUCUAACAAGACAGAGGAAAAGAAACCUACUAAAGAGGAAAAGAAAGAUAAUGGACAGAAUGAAGCCCAUAAGAAACCAGAAAACAAGGCUAUGCCAGAGCCAGAGGUAAAGUCAGAUAAGAAAGACACUGAACAGAAGAAGUCUUUGGAGAAGGAGACGCAUAAGAAACCAGAAAACAAUGUUGUGCCAGAGUCAGUCGUGAAAUCAGAAAACAAAGCAACCCAAAAAGAAACUCCUGCUCCUGAGAAGCUCUCGGAACAAAAGAAGGAUGUGGUUGAAAACGGUAUCAAUGAAGCUUUAAUUAAGCGCGAGAAAGAGUUAUCUGUAUCUCGUAUACCUACGAUGUCUUCCCCUGAAGAGGAAGAUAAUCUUAUUCAAAAAUUAGUGACUAUUGAGAAACGAUACAAGGAAGAAAUGUCUGUCAGAGACUGGAAGAUUGCUCAGCUAGAGGAGAGAGUAACGAGACUUUCUGAAGCUAUAGAGAAGCAUUUUUCUCUUUAA